CCCACGCCGGCGCACCAGAACGGGCUGGGGGGUGCGAGCCGGAGCGGAUAGAGCGAGGCACCGGGGCAAAAUGGCGUCUCCUGCGCGGUGGAAUCACGUGUGGGUCGGAUCCGAGACCGGGAUCCUGAAAGGCGUCAAUCUGCGGCGGAGACAGGCUACUAAUUAUGUGGCGGCUUCGGCGCUUCGCCGGGAAGAGGGAGUCUGCGCCAUGUGCUGGGGGGACCCAUCCGAGUCCGAGAUUCUCAUCGGCUGCCUGGACCGGUCGGUGAAGCUGUUCAGCACCGAGAAGGGGAAGUUCACAGAGUCGCGGCAAUGUCUGGGCGGGGAAGGCGCCUUCUGCGGUCUGGCAGUGCACGACAAUUCCUUCAUCACCUGUGUGGAGUCUGGUCUCCUCAAGGUCUGGAGAGAUGCCUCAUCUGAAAAUGUAGAAACACAGGUUGGAGCUGGGGUGUGCCGUAUGCGCCAAAACCCGGUUCACCCGCAGCGUGUGGGGACAGGUGGGAAGGAAAAUGCCCUGAAGGUCUGGGACCUGCAGCGGCCGGAGGAACCCAUCUUCCGUGCUAAAAAUGUGCGGAAUGACUGGCUCAGUCUCCGGGUUCCUGUCUGGGAGCGUGACCUGCAGUUUCUACCUGGCUCUGAGAAGAUUGUCACCUGCACUGGGCAUCACCAGGUGCGGCUGUACGACCCCAGCUCCCCACAGCGGCGACCUGUUCUGGAGACAACCUAUGGGGAGUACCCCCUCACAGCCCUCUCCCUCACACCUGGGGCUGACUCCGUGGUGGUAGGUAGCUCACGUGGAGAAAUGGCUGUCAUUGACCUGCGGCAAGGAAGGCUGGUGAAAUGCCUGAAAGGCUUUGCUGGGAGCGUGCGCAGCGUCCAGUGUCACUCGACCCUCCCACUUGUGGCUUCCUGCGGCCUUGACCGUUUCCUGCGGGUGCAUAAUAUCGAGGACAAACACCUUAAACACAAGGUAUAUCUGAAAUCCCGGCUAAACUGCCUCCUGCUGACCAGCCGUGAGAGGUGGGAGGAUGAGGAGCCUGAACCUGCAGCUGCUGAAGCAAAUGUGAAGGAAGAAGAUGAGCUGUGGGAUUGCAUGAAGGCGGUGGCUACUAAAACAGUGCCCAAGCGCAGUGCAGAUCCUAGAGGCCAGGAGACCCAGCAGGGCAAGCGGUCCAAGAAGCAGAAGAGACAUAGUGUUGGGCCUUGAGAGGACAAGUGGGGAGCCUGUGCCCCAGCUGGAAAGGACCAUGAAUUUGUUUCUUACUCAGGAUCAGGGUGUAGGGGAGGGGGAAUACCCUCAUGUCUCUCCUGGCCAGAGGCACCAGCUUCUCCCCUGCUGCUAAAAGAAUGUGGGGUGCCAGAGGGGUGGAUAUGUUGGCUGGGUCCUAACCUCCCAGAGGAUGCUGCUGUGACUGGACCUAAAAUACAUGUGCAGUGGGAUUGGGCUGGGUGCAGCCAGAGCCCUGUCUAUAAAGGCCCGUUCUAGGGGCCAUCCUGUAGGGAGAGGGGAAUUUAAACCUAUCUCCAGCUGUAAGGGUAGUGCCCAGCUGUGUGAAAAGAACCAGUGCCAAGUGCCUUAUUCUGGAGCCUGGGCUGGGUGGGGGUGGGGGGUGGCGUGGCAUACCUCUGCUCUGCUCUUUCCUGCCUGUGCCACAGGCUGCCCCCCCAUGGUGGGGGCUGGGGGAAGGGCCCCCUCUACAUGACCCACCCCAUCAGUGCGCCCUGCACGUGCACCUGUCCUGGCCUUAGCCAGCGGCUCCCCCUCCCAUCUGCCGCGGCAGGAGCCUCCCUGCGGCCCCUCCUUGAGGCACCUCUGCCCCCAGUGGCCUGUCUCCUGCGCUGGGGAGCUGCAGAGCCUGGGCCGGGCGGGUAGGAAGCGGCGAGACGCCGCUGGAAUCUACCGGGAAGGAGCCGUAGGCGGGGCCGCGGGCGGGCGGACCCCGGGCUGGCGGGGCGCUGCGGAUGCCCGGGAAUCGGACUCAUGCGCCGGACCAAGCCCUCGUCUGGACAUCGCGAUGGGGAGGUGCCGCCGGGCAAUGACCUCACAAAGCCCCCGGGGCCCGCGCAGCGUCUGGGCCGCGCGCUCCCGGCGGCUGCAGCGCACCCAUGGGUUGCGUGCAGUCCGGCCGCGGGGCCCCCGCGGCGGAGUCGGACGAAGCAGAGGGGCCCAGCGGCACUGCAGGUGGGGGCAUCCCGGGGGAGAAAUCUCUGAGGGGCAGGAACUGUUGUCGCGGCUGGCUGUGACGGAGAAAAGGAGGGAUCAAGUGGGGCGGGGCGGGCGCUACGCUUGUGUGGGGGGGAAUGGCCAGAGGUUGGUAUAUCGCGGUGGCCUGUCCGCAGAGGGGUCUGCACAUGGGGAUGAAUCCGUCAUCCUGGUCCCUUUUAGAAAUCUCUGCCUGGGGGAUCUCCCUUGCUCCCUCCGCGUCUCCCCAGUACAUGUUCUAUUCUGUGUCUUCGGGUUUAUUCCCCGGGGGGACUCCGAGCCAGUGAAGGGAAAUUCCCAUCCCUACCUGGCCCAGAGCAGAAUGGAAGACAGAAACCCUGAGGACCCCGCUGUGCAUGGACUGUGACACCCACUGUUCUCCCAGAGCCAAGAAUAGAACCAUGCUCUGGAUUCCCGACCCUCCACUAGACAACACUACUUUUGCCUAACCAUAGAGCUUGUAAAGGUGUAGUAUAAAUACAAAACUAGAAUAUUACACAUAGCUUAAGUUUGUCUGAAGAAAGAUAAUGUUGCAAAGAAAGGCCUCGAAGGUAAUGAGUUACAGGGCCAGAAGAGAUGAAAGAGGAGGAUGUCUAGUUCAAACAAUAACUAAUGAAAUAUGGGAACAUUUCUGAAGAGAAGGCCUAUGAGGGACAGGGGUGCCUGCAAAUGGUUUUAAAUAAGACAGAGAAUAUGUUUUACAAUGAGCCAACAUGACCUGCCCCACCCUACAAACCAGUGUUAUUGCAAAAUUCAGGGUUUAUGUGAAACCAGGUUUAGCCCAUUUGUAAUAACCCUUGAUCAAAUACUUAUAAAUAUCAUGUUACUGUCUGGAUGUGGUAAAUACUUAUUUAGGCUUUGUAAACAUAUUUUUAGAGCAAUUGUAUAAAUACCACUUGGCCUUUGGAUUUAAUAAAGGAAUUUAUAGUUAAA